CAAAUCCUGUACGAAAACAUGGCAAGCUUAAAACUCAUCGUCGUCGUCGGUGCGACAGGAAUGCAAGGCGGCUCGGUGGUGAACACCUUUCUCAACGAACCAGGAUGGCGAGUACGCGGAUUGACUCGCAAUGCAACCAGCUCUAAAGCAUCAGCAUUGCAAGGCCGCGGCGUGGAGGUCGUAGAAGGAAAUCUCGACAAUCCCUCCUCGCUCAGCGCAGCUUUCAAAGAUGCAAACAUCGUCUUCGCUGUCAGUGACUUCUGGUCGAACUAUCUAGACUCCGGAAAGCGAACAAAUCAAGAGCAGCCGGGAAACAUAUGGGCGGCGGAGCAAGAGACGCAGCAGCUUAAGAAUGUGAUCGAUGUCGCCUCAGGUAUCGACACGCUCGAGCGGUUUGUUAUUUCCUCCCUGUCAAACGUGGAGAAGGCGUCGUCUGGAAAAUACAAGAAUGUAUUCCACUUCGACUCAAAAGACAAAGCGGUGGAGUAUGCCCGAGAGCAACAUCCACAAUUGUGGAAGAAGACGAGCAUUAUCCAGGCUGGCUGGUACAUUAGCAAUUUCUGGUUGCUUCCCAUGAUGAAGCCGCGUAAAAACGCCGACGGAAUCGUACAAUUCACCAGCCAGGCCAAAGGGGAAUCUAUAGUCCCCUACAUUGCCGCCGAAGAAGACACCGGCCCACUCGUCCGAUCUCUCAUCUUCGAGCCCGCCGGCAAGAACCUGCUCGCAUACAGAGAACUAAUCACCAUGAACGAAUUCGUCCAAAACUUUACCAAAGCUACUGGGUUGAAGGCCGAGGUCGUUACGGUGCCGGCAUCAGCGCUUGACUACCCUGAAGACGCCGCUUUGGAGUUCGCCGAAACUUUUGAUCAUGUAAACGAGUUCGGGUACCCAGGAGCUAAUGACCCUGCGGUUAUCCAUCCGAAGGAUCUGAAAGGGUCUCCGAAGCUUGGAAGUGUGGUAGAGUUCCUAAAGAAGCAGGACUGGACAACAGUCUUCUGAGUUUCUGGUAACAUAGGCACGGAAUGACCAUUUAUGAAACGAAGAGAUGUCUGGAAGGAAAUUCAUCAUUUUUCGAUUUGCAAACAGUCAAGAAGUGCUAGGAUUCGGU